AGUGUAUGUAUUAACACAAGGGUGACAGUGCAGACAGAGAACAUGUUGCACUGUCUGGCGCUUGUUUAGUCUUCGGUGAGAGGAAGGACCAUCUGAGCUGGUGGCAUUAAACUCCUCCCUUGUGAUGUUGGGCCUGAGUGGCAAGGUACUGACGUCAAGUAGAGGUGGGAGUGCUGAGUGUGGACACUGGGCAGAGAGGAGAAGGGGAAAGACUUGUUUACACAGACUGCAAAGAGCCUGGGGAAUAAUGCGGAAAGGAAGUAAUCCGGAGCUCUUGUCUGCCUGAUCCAGCUUCCUGCUCAAGAGGAUCCAGUUACAGCAGCAGAACAUUUCAGACGUGUGUCAGCAUGGAAAAAAGAAGCAGUUUGCAUCGCUGAUCGGAUCGGAGGGGCAACUAAUCCACACACAAUAACAAAGGCAGCAACUCUCGGUGGUUUGAUACAACUGAGUGACUCGCUAGGCCAUUUCAGAGAGCAGCGAGUAGAGAUUGCUGAGAGUCUGGAGUCACAUGUAGGCCAGACCAGGGAUGAAGGAUGAAACAGGCCGGAAAAAAAUUAGCAUGAGGAAGCUUUCAAUAAAUGACCAGAAUGUAUUUAAUGGAACAACUCCCACCUCCUGAGUGACUUUGACCCAGCUCUAGUAUGGAGAGUGCCAUUACACUGUGGCAGUUCCUGCUGCAGUUACUGCUGGACCAAAAGCACGAACACCUGAUCUGUUGGACUUCCAAUGAUGGGGAAUUCAAACUCCUGAAAGCAGAGGAAGUCGCUAAACUCUGGGGACUAAGGAAAAACAAAACCAACAUGAACUAUGAUAAACUGAGCCGAGCACUCCGAUAUUAUUAUGAUAAGAAUAUUAUUAAGAAGGUGAUUGGGCAGAAGUUUGUUUACAAAUUUGUCUCAUUUCCAGACAUUUUAAAAAUGGAUCCCCACUCACUGGAAUCCAGUAGGGAAAACAGUUUGCUCAGGGAUAGCGACACUCAGUCAAUUUCAGAGAGCAGAGACCACCAGCAAAUUACAUUAUCUACCAGCAGAAGCCCCAGUCGCAAUGAUUAUAUCCACUCUGGGUUAUAUACUUCUUUCACCAUUAACUCUUUGCAGAACAGGUCAGACUUUUUCAAGUCAAUCAAAAUGGAAAAGCCAGAAGAGAAAAUUGCCAGAAAACCUACCCCUGAGGAGGUCAGGACUGUUAUAAGAUUUGUAACAAAUAAAAGCGAAAGGCCGGUCAGCAUGCCCAUUGUCUCAGUUCCAUCGUCACAUUCUCCUCCACCAGAAGCUGUGGUUGCAUCAACUUUUUUCACAGCUCUCACUUCUAAAACAUCAUCGCCUUUAUCAUCACAUCAUUCUCCUGUUGCUUCAUCAUCCUCAAACACCACCACCUCAACAGGAUACCAGAAGGCGUGCAUUAUCGAACUUGAUGCCUUUGAUUCAGAACAGUCUAUUCAGCCCUUAAACCUCUCAUCGGGCUCGAAGGCCAAAUCGCCUUGUCCGUCUGAGCAGAGACAGAUCCAUCUUCCAAAGGCUAAGAAACCUAAAGGCCUGGAGAUUCCAGCUCCUCCUUUAGUCAUAACCAACACUGACGCCAGCUCGAUAGCGCUCAACAGCCCAGCACUUCCUUCAGGAUCCCUUACCCCUGCGUUCUUCACUGCACAGACUCCUAAUGGAAUUCUGUUGACACCAAGCCCCUUACUCUCCAGUAUUCACUUUUGGAGUACUCUAAGUCCAGUAGCUCCCUUGAGUCCUGCCAGACUGCAGGGGCCAGGGUCUUUAUUUCAGUUUCCGACCCUAGUGAAUGGACACAUGCCAAUUCCAAUUCCUAGUUUGGAUGGGGUUUCUCCCUUGCUGCUUUCAUCCAAUUCCCAGAAAUCAUGAUACUGCCUUAUUGAAGGAGCAAAAGGGUCCAGUUAAAUGCCAAAAUGUAGGACAAUGUUCAGCUUUAAUUUUUAUCAGUGUUCUUGCAUCAUUGAUACGAAGUCGUCAGUUAUAUUAUGAAGUAUGGAUUAAAUAUCCUUUUACAAGUGUUUUGAUUAGGUUUCUUCUCCUCGUCGUUUUAUAAUGAAGUUGGCAAUAAGUAUAUAACCGUUUCCUGUACCUUGCGUUUUAUGCACUGUGCUUUUAAUGAAUGUUAACCAGCUGUGCCUACUUAUGCUUGUGUGUUUUAUGUAACUUGUAAAUUAACUGUAAACCUGUUGUAAUGGCAGAUUAUUAGCAUUGUUAAAUAAUUGAAACUUUGUAUCAGUUUUCAAUUAUUGGCUGUUAAAGGACGUGAUACUAUGUAUUAGCCAGUAAGAUUGAUGUUAUUUUCAGUGUAAGUUUUUUUUUUAAAUAAAAAGCAUUGCAGUUUAUAUGUAUUAUAGGCAGGUUUGCCAUGUAUUUGUACUUUGGCUACAAGUUUGUACUUGUUGUAAUUCAAUAAAUGCUAGAUUCUCAGCAAA